AUGAUCACGUUGACAAAAUUAUGUCCUCUUAGAAUGUUGCACAUAAUCGAAGUUCAAGUAUAUCAACUUACCCCGCUUUUCACAAGUCGUGAGAGAAUGAAGCAAUUUCUUCCGAAGAAAAAGAGAAGUGUAACAGAUUUAAUAAGCACUUCAUUAAUAAUUCCUGAAAUGACAUAUUUUAUUCUUGAUAAUGAAGUACCUUUGCAAGCUGAUGGUUCAUUAGAUAUCUUUGAAGUUAUAAAUCUGCUGUACAUACAUUUGACAAGGAUACUAUUGAUCCCCCUGCUCAAAACAUCUACGAAUAGACAAUAUACAAAAGUUCCUAGGGAAAGUGUCUAUGAUGCAGAUGAACUGAGUACUAUAUGA